CCUUGAGAAGAAAGCUGAAGCCCCUGCAGGACGGGGGUAAGAACCAGAGACUGAGGGAGCCAGACUCCUGGGUCCCCCUAAGAGGGUUGGGGCUUGUUGAUGGCCUGCGUCGCCAUGGGCUCCACCGCUGCCCCGGAGGGAACGCUGGGCUACGUCCGCGAGUUCACUCGCCACUCCUCCGACGUGCUCGGCAACCUGAAUGAGCUGCGCCUGCGCGGGAUCCUCACUGACGUCACGCUGCUGGUUGGCGGGCAACCCCUUCGAGCUCACAAGGCAGUUCUUAUCGCCUGCAGUGGCUUCUUCUAUUCAAUUUUCCGAGGCCGUGCAGGAGUGGGGGUAGACGUGCUCUCCCUGCCUGGGGGCCCCGAAGCCGGAGGCUUCGCUCCUCUUCUGGACUUCAUGUACACUUCACGCCUACGCCUCUCUCCGGCCACUGCACCAGCCGUCCUUGCGGCCGCCACCUACUUGCAGAUGGAACACGUGGUCCAGGCAUGCCACCGCUUCAUCCAGGCCAGCUAUGAACCUCUGGGCAUCUCCCUGCGGCCCCUGGAGGCAGAACCCCCCACGCCCCCAACGGCCCCUCCGCCAGGCAGUCCCAGGCGCUCCGAAGGGCACCCAGACCCACCUACUGAGUCUCGCAGCUGCAGUCAAGGGCCCCCCAGUCCAGGCAGCCCAGACCCCAAGGCCUGCAACUGGAAAAAGUACAAGUUCAUCGUGCUAAACUCUCAGGCCUCCCAAGCAGGGAGCCUGGCAGGGGAGAGGAGUUCUGGUCAACUUUGCUCCCAGGCCCGGCUCCCCAGUGGAGAUGAGGCUUCCAGCAGCAGCAGCAGUGAAGAAGGACCCAUUUCCGGUCCACAGAGCAGGCUCUCUCCAACUGCUGCCACUGUACAGUUCAAAUGUGGGGCUCCAGUCAAUACCCCCCAUCUCCUCACACCCCGGGCUCCAGAGACCACUGGGUCACACUCUGGGCGGGCUCAUCCACCACCAGGAAGUGAAUUUUUCAGCUGCCAGAGCUGUGAGGCUGUGGCUGGGUGCUCAUCGGGGCUGGACCCCUUGGCUCCUGGGGAUGAGGAUAAGCCCUACAAGUGUCAGCUCUGCCGGUCUGCCUUCCGCUAUAAGGGCAACCUGGCCAGUCACCGCACGGUGCACACAGGGGAAAAGCCCUACCACUGCUCCGUCUGCGGAGCCCGCUUUAACCGGCCGGCUAACCUAAAAACGCAUAGCCGCAUCCAUUCGGGAGAGAAGCCCUACAAGUGUGAGACGUGCGGCUCGCGCUUUGUACAGGUAGCGCAUCUGCGCGCGCACGUGCUGAUCCACACCGGGGAGAAGCCCUAUCCUUGCCCCACCUGCGGGACUCGCUUCCGCCACCUACAGACCCUCAAGAGCCACGUUCGCAUCCACACGGGAGAGAAGCCUUACCACUGCGACCCCUGCAGUCUGCAUUUCCGGCACAAGAGUCAACUUCGGCUGCAUCUGCGCCAGAAACACGGAGCUGCUACCAACACCAAAGUGCACUACCACAUUCUGGGGGGGCCCUAGCUGAGCGCCUGCCCAGGCCCCACUCCCUUCCUGGAAGACAGGAAAGCCGCGGCUCACGCCUGGGUUCGCUGUCAGGCUUGGGCAUAGGGGUGUGCAAGGCCCCUCGAUGUCAGCGACUUGCCACCACCUUAAUUUCUCACUGGGGAGAGCAGGGGUGGCAGAUCCCAGCUUGAUCUGCCUUUGUUUUGCUGGUCAAAACCUCUUCCCCACGAUCACAAUUGUUUCUGAGGAGAGAACGAGCUAGGAGCUGGAGGAGGGGAGAGACUGGAGGCCUGGUUUCUACCUGCAGCCCCCAUCUCAUUCGGUUUAUCUGUAAAUAUAAUUUAUUGAGGCUUUUGGGUGGCACCAGGGCCUUCAUUCUAUUGCAUUUCCCAUGUCCCUCUUCCCCAAGUGUGAUCAAAAGUGACCUGAAACACAGAAUGUGAGGUCAUGGCUCUGCCGGCAGAGAUUAGCACUUGGCUGCCUCCUUUGGCGUGAGUGUUUUGUAUUAUUAUUGUCAUAACUUUUAUCUUUAGAGUUGUUCUUUUCCUAUUUGCUUGUUGGUUUGUUUCAAAUGGAGAAAGGGGUUCUCUUGUCCUACCCCUCCAAUUCUAGGUCUGGAAACGUAAUUUGUUCUAGGGCAGCUCUGGGAACAUGUGGGUUUAUGGAAUUGGGUCAGGAACCCUCUCUGGUAUUCUGAAUGUUGUAGGUUUUCUAGCAGGCCAGCACUGGAUUAGACUUUUUCUGUUCUUCAAGGGUUACAGGAACCUAUGGUGAGCCUGAAGUGGAGGUAAUAAGUACCUCCUAGAGGCAGUGGGUGUGGGGCCUUUGUCAGUCUUGGAACUGGGGUGAUGAUUACAGGGGCUUUCUCUUAUGUUCCUAACUGUCCCAUUCGUCUGAUCACCUAGGUCUGGCUCCACUGUGUCUGUUUGAUAGAACUCACCCAGGAGCUUGCGUUGGGCCCACAAUCCUCCCACUAGGGCCCGUUCUUAGCACUGAGUUGAUCCCUCCAUGCAGGAGAGAUCUGAAAUUCCUCACCAGAGAUGAUGCAAUCUUUUCUGAUUCUGCCCAGUCUCUAAGAAUGUUAUGACCUAGGGGAGAAUUAUGAAACCCUUUAUCUUGACUAAACAGUAAAGAGUAUGACUCAUCCUUUACUGCAGAGGUGUCUGGGUUUGAAUGUUCCUUGGGGUUCUACCUGAGAUGAACCUCUUCUUCCUUUAGUAGGUUUUCGGACAUCUUCUGGCAAGUGUCCAGAUUCCAGAAACUUCUUUGCCUCUAGAAGUCACAGCUGCUUGGUAACUUUCUUACCUUAGAAAAGCUGGGUCUGUGACCUGGUCUUCCUGUCACUGCAUUCCUGUCCGGAACCAGUGAAAGCACUAGAACCUUCCACAGGGAGAGAAAAGGGGUUGAGUUCCACUAUGGAUUUUCUGUAGUUUGGGAUUAUGAUUGGAAUUACUGUUGGGAUUAGAGAUUUAGAAGAUUUAAAAGACUGAUGGACCCUCUAGUUGACCAAGUAUCCGGGUAGGAUUAAGAGGUUGGUUGAGGGGCAAAGUCUCUGGUGUAGGCCAAGUAGGUAGAAGGUUAGGAAUGAGUUGCUUCUUAACUGUGUGGAAUGUCUGGAAUGUUAGAUGAUAUUCUGAAGCCUUGAUUUACAGUCCUGCCCCUGUUGCCCUGGGGGAUUAGGGACAUGGGGUGGAAGGUAAAAAGCACUUUGAAUUUGCAGGGUGGAGGUUCCUCAAGACAGGUCAGUACUAGUGGCUGUCACUUGGGGACUGGUGAGAGAGCUACUCUUCUCCCUCUUUGCCUCUUACUCCCCACUGCAGAAUUGAAGGAGGUAGGGAAAGCAGAGGAGAGAGCUGAGAAGGAACCAUGAUUUUUUUUUUUUUUUUUUUUUACCAGAUUGGAUGGGCAGGUGGAGAGUGCCAAGGGGUGGAGAUGUUAGAUCUUGCAAGAUCAGAAUCAUGGAAUAAAGAAGCCUCUCUGUGCUGCCUGUUGUGUCCUGGGUUCUUGCCUGUGGGGAUCUGGGGACUGAGGGUUCUGAAGCUGGGGAAAGAGGGUAUCCUAUCCUUCCUGGAUACCAUCUUGGAUUCUGUGCCCAUCCCACUGUCCCAUCCCACCAGACAUUUUAAGUGGCCCUUGUUCUCCCCUUCCCUGCCCU